AGCUCACUUGGUGGGAGUCGCUCAAGAGAGCAAGAUGUUCUCAUGUUGCUUCCCCACUUCGAGAGGUUGCUGCUUCAGGAACGGAGGGAGUGAGAGCCUUUUCCGACGAUGCCGAAGAAGGCUCAUCCCUCACCCCAGACGCCUGUCGCCCAUUGUAAUAAGGCGCAUCCAGGUACCACAGGACAGCCUGGGGCAGGCCCUAGCAGGCCAGGCCACACCAGAGAUCCCACUGGGGCUGCAGCUGCACACUGUCCUUGUCCAGGAGAUUCGGGAGCUCAUUGAGGCACAGACAUGUGCUCCUGGUCCAUGUGCAGAAGUAAGAGCACUGCCAGCACCAGCGGCGGAGCCAGAGACAGCAUACGAAGAGGCCCCUCCAGAGAGAGUGCUGGAGGUGGAGGGAGCUCCACCCAAGGACCAGACCAACGAGGAGCUGCCUGAAAUCACGGAGGUGCCGGAGAGCAUUAAAAGAAGGCUGGGAAGAAGAGUUCCAGCAGCUCCUCCUGCUCCCAGAGGCAACCUCCUCCUCCAGGCAUGGAUGCGUGUCCACAGCUGGGCAUCCAGGCUGUUUGCCCCUAAUGUGCUGCCCGGGACAGGCCCUUAACAGGCGGGCAGUGGGUGAGGGGACCAGGAGGUGGCUCCAAAGGGUAAAGCAAACAAAGCUUUUAAAGACAGCCAUUGUGCCCCAGGCUCGCCAUGCCACCACCUGCCCUACCAUUUAUUAAUAGUGUUAGAAUUACAAGUUGAUGAAACGAGAUUACAAUAAAGUUUGAUUUCUGAAA